AUGACUGACAGCGGCAGCCGCGAGAUCAUCGUCACAGAAAGCGAGCACGACUGUGAAGCACUUCGUGACAAGGUUCUGUGCUGUGGUCACUCAAUGGUUGGCCCAGACGGCAUCGACAGAAUCAAUGUGAUCUGGAAGCGGGCUCGUCCUGGCCCAAUCACGACCUUCGAGUGGCAAACCAAGUACGCUCUUGCAAACACCUUCACCGAGUCAAGACCCGGAGUGAUUGUCAGCAUCGUAAGCGAUUGGCAGGAAUGCAGGCUGGGCGAAAGUUAUCAGAUCAAUGGUGACGGCCAAUGGGAGAGGGCUCCCGCAGGCAGCGACAUGGCCAACUGUCUCACCAUUGCCGGCAACGCCUACAAAGACAUUCAUCCGGUCGUAGGUAUAUGCGCUGGCAGCAGUCAGCACUACAUACCGGCUUAUGUUGAACCCUAUAUUCUUUACGUUGGAUCUAAAGCCGACUACCAGCCCGGGCCAUAUUCGAGGGUCUGGUAUGCUAGCGACCACCACAAGAUGUCCCAAUUCAUUCAAUGUGGUGAUAGCGAACCUGACGCUGCUACGAUCGACACUCUGGUGCCUAAUCCACGGACGCACCAGUUUGUAUGGGAACUCACUUUCGACCCUGAAUCCGGAAAGUGGACGAACGGCCCCUAG